AAUCUACCCCUUCAGAUACUCAGAUUCCUUCUUCAAUGGCAUUUCACAUUUGACUCUCUCUCAUUCUCUCUCUCUCCCCAUUCUAUUCACAUUUAAUUCCAUCCGUUGAUCGAUCAGUAAAUUCAGUAUCAUACUACCAUGUACGUAUUCACACUCAGAGCAACUGUUCUUUAACAAUGUCUGUACUUUUUAUGAACUCAAGUUGAAGAAAAAGAGCUCAGAUUGAUUAUUGUGCCCAGAAAUGGCAACUUCAUCAGUUCGAGAUCUCUUCAAGGAAAGGAAAUUCCCAUUCAUUCUCUCUCUUUUCCUCCUCCUUUUCGUCCUCACUUUUCUCCUCAUUUCCAACUCCCAAAAAUCCCCUCUCGACCUCACCGCCGCCGACAUCGCCAAACCUCAACUCCAUCUCCCCACUCUCUCUCCUCCCCCUCCCCCUCCCGCCGCCGAGAAGGAGGAUGUCGGCGCCGCCGAAUCGGAUUCGAUUCGGUGGACGGUUUGCGAUGAUCGCGAUCCGGCGGCGCGUGACUACAUACCCUGCCUCGAUAAUUCGAAAGCGAUAAGCGCAUUGAAGUCCAGGAGGCAUAUGGAGCACCGGGAGCGCCACUGCCCCGACCCGCCUCCGAGGUGCUUGGUUCCGCUUCCGGCGGGUUAUCGGGCUCCGGUGACGUGGCCCAAGAGUAGGGACAUGGUAUGGUAUAACAAUGUGCCACAUCCUAGGCUUGUUGAGUACAAAAAGGACCAGAGGUGGGUGGUGAAAUCUGGGGAUUAUUUUGUUUUUCCCGGCGGGGGGACGCAGUUCAAGGAGGGGGUGAACCACUAUGUUGAAUCUAUAGAGAAGGCUUUGCCAGUAAUAAAAUGGGGGAAGCACACGAGGGUCAUUCUUGAUGUUGGGUGUGGUGUUGCUACCUUUGGUGGGUUUUUGCUGGAUAAGAAUGUUGUUACUAUGUCAUUUGCACCCAAGGACGAGCACGAGGCUCAGAUACAGUUUGCGCUUGAACGGGGAAUCCCUGCUACGCUCUCGGUCAUUGGAACUCAGAAGCUGGCAUUUCCGGAUAAUGUGUAUGACUUGAUUCAUUGUGCGCGUUGCAGGGUUCACUGGGAUGCCGAUGGAGGAAGACCGUUGAUGGAACUAAAUAGAAUUCUCAGGCCCGGUGGGUUUUUCAUUUGGUCUGCCACUCCAGUAUACCGGGAUGAUGAAAGAGAUCGUAAAGUCUGGGAAGCCAUGGUUUUGCUCACCAAAUCAAUAUGUUGGAAGGUAGUGAAGAAGACCUAUGAUAAAGCUACUUCGAUUGGGAUGGUUAUAUAUCAGAAGCCUAUUUCACCUUCAUGUUACAAGAAGCGUAAAGAAAAUAAUCCGCCUCUUUGCGAUCAGGCCAUUAGGCCAAAUAGUUCAUGGUAUGCACGUCUCGACAGCUGUCUUUCACAGCUUCCAGUCUCGAGCAAUGGAAAUUUGUACGAGUGGCCUGAACCCUGGCCCAAGAGGCUUAGUAGCAAACCUCCAAGCCUCUCUUUAGUAGGUAAUGGUGAUGAUGAAGAAACUUUCAAUCGGGAUACCAAACACUGGGCUUCACUUCUCUCUGACGUUUACCUAGGAGGCCUUGAAAUAAAUUGGUCGGGCAUUAGGAAUGUAAUGGAUAUGAAUGCUGUCUAUGGAGGGUUUGCUGCAGCAUUAAUCGACCAGCCUGUAUGGGUAAUGAACGUCGUUCCCAUCAGCGAGCCAGAUACUUUACCUGUUAUAUUUGAUCGAGGGUUGAUUGGAGUAUAUCACGACUGGUGUGAGUCCUUCAAUACCUAUCCCCGCACAUACGAUCUUCUACACGCCAGUUUCCUCUUCGAAAAGUUAGCUCAAAGAUGCGACAUAAUAGACAUGGCGGUGGAGGUGGACAGAAUCUUGAGACCGGGUGGCGUUCUUUUAGUUCACGACACCAUGGAUAUGCUUAACAAGCUCACUUCAAUUCUGCGCUCACUUCAUUGGUCAGUAACCGUAAAGCAACAACAGUUUCUCGUUGGCAAGAAAGGCUUUUGGCGCCCGGAUGAAAAGACCAGAUUAUGAACACACCCUCGCUGUAUAAUCUUAGCUUGCUAUAUAUAUAUAUAUAUAUAUGCAGCAAUAUAGCUUUCGUUUCAAGGAGAUAUCAAUAUUUUUUUUCCUCUAAAUGUAUUGCUAGGAGUUGAACUUUUUGCCCUAUGUAUGAAUCCCAGAGGAACAAAUUUCGGGUUGAGAAGCAAGAGAGGAACAAAUGUAUUUUGUGGAGAUGAACAUUGUAAUUUUGCAUACUUUGUUAUCACUCAUGAAUGCAAUAGAGACAAAAUAUUGUUUCUGAGCACAA